AUGGCUUCCUUUUCUCUCACCUCCGCCCCUCCCCUUCUUCCCAGACCCAAAGACCCUUCUUCCCAUGCCUUCCCUCACCCUCUCCCCUCCUUUCUGCGCAUGCCCCACCAACCUCAACACCUUCAAACCCCGCUUCUUUUGCCCAAGAUUCAAUCUUCGCGUCACCAAACUACAGCUACACCAGUUACCAAAGACUUGUGGGAUAAUACGAUUCUGAAAAGUGAAACUCCAGUCCUUGUUAUAUUCUAUGCAAAUUGGUGUGGACCGUGCAGGAUGGUUCACCGGAUAAUAGACGAGAUUGCAACGGAGUAUGCUGGAAAACUCAAGUGCUUCCUAGUCAACACAGACACUGACAUGAAAAUUGCUGAAGACUAUGAAAUUAAGGCUGUACCAGUGGUUUUAAUGUUCAAAAAUGGUCAGAAAUGUGAUUCUGUAGUUGGUACCAUGCCAAAGGAGUUUUAUGUGGCUGCUAUUGAGAGGGUCCUCAAGUCCUAA